GGGCUGCUCUUGGCCGAGGCUGGCCGGGAGGACUUGCUGAGCCUCCUGUGCUACGAGGGGGGGCUGCCCACGGGUGAUGCCGAGACCCCCUUGGCCCGCUCCGAUGUCCUGGCUGGGACCAACCUGGAGGUGCUGCAGGCUCAGGAGGAACCAGCCACUGUGGAGAAGCCUGAAGGGCUGGGGAGGCCAGAGAGCUCGGAGGAAGAACCUUCUGGCAGCUGCUGUUAUGGAGAGGGGCUUUGUGAGGACGAAUCUGGCUGCGAGGGUGCUCGGGAAGGGUCCCCGGAGUUGGCAUGGGCAGCCCUGCCUUCUGCUCUGGCCCCUGGGACAGAGCAACCACCUCAGGGCGCUGUGACUAACAGGGGAUCCUCAUCAUCCUGCCCAGCCUUCAAAGAGGUUCCAGGCCCUUGUGACCCAGAGGACUUGCUGGAUGGUGUGAUUUUUGGGGCCAAGUACCUGGGCUCCACGCAGCUGGCCUCAGAGAGGAACCCCCCAACCAGUGUCCGCAUGGCGCAGGCCCAGGAGGCGGUGGACAGGAUCAAGGCACCUGAGGGAGAGUCGCAGCCCAUGACAGAAGUGGAUCUGUUUGUCUCCACACAGAGGAUCAAGGUGCUCACUGCUGACACUCAGGAGGCCAUGAUGGAUCACUCCCUGCAGACCAUCUCCUACAUUGCCGACAUCGGCUCCCUCGUGGUUCUCAUGGCGCGCCGGACUGCCGCGGCGCGCGGGGGGGGGGGGGGGGGGGGGGCGCGCCGGAAGCUGCCGCGGCGCGCGGAGGUGGCGGAGGAGAAGCGGCUCUACAAGAUGAUCUGCCACGUCUUCCACUCGGCUGAUGCCCAGGUCAUUGCCCAGGCCAUUGGGCAGGCGUUUGGCGUGGCUUACCAGCGCUUCCUGGAGGCCAACAGCAUCGACCCGAGCGAGCUGAGCCCACGCCAGUACAGCCGUGCCCUGGAGGACCAGGAGCAGUACAAUGCAGAGCUGACCCACUUCUCCCAGCAGGAGAACUGCAAGGACGUCUGCAUCCGGAAGCAGAAGGGGGAGAUCUUGGGCAUCGCCAUCGUGGAGUCGGGCUGGGGCUCCAUCCUGCCCACCGUGGUCAUCGCCAACCUGAUGCACGGGGGCCCCGCGGAGCGCUCGGGCGAGCUGAGCAUUGGGGACCGCCUCAUGUCAGUCAACAGGACCAGCCUGGUGGGGCUGCCCCUGGGCACCUGCCAGAGCAUCAUCCGGGAGCUGAAGCACCAGACCGAGGUGACACUGAACAUUGUGCACUGUCCCCCUGUCACCACAGCUGUCAUCCGACGCCCCGACUCCAAGUACCAGCUGGGCUUCUGUGUUGAGAACGGUGUGAUCUGCAGCCUGAUGCGCGGGGGCAUUGCGGAGCGGGGCGGCAUCCGCGUGGGGCACCGCAUCAUCGAGAUCAACGGGCAGAGCGUGGUGGCCACGCCGCACGAGAAGAUCAUCCAGAUCCUCACCGAGGCGGUCAGCGAGGUACACAUCAAGACCAUGCCAGCCUCCACGUACCGUCUGCUGACGGGGCAGGAGCAGCCCCUCUUCCUCUGAGCCACCAUGUCUGGAGCAAGCAGGAGCAAGCCCGGGGCUGCAGGGGCAGAACUGGCUCUGCCUUCUGCCCCAGCCCUGCAUCAGAGCCCUCAGCAGGGCCUAAGUCUGCACCUCUUUUGUUGUACUCAGGACACAGUGGGACACUGGGGAUGAUGCCAGCCUGAGCAGCGUCAAGGCCUGUGGUGCCGUGCUUUGGGCACCUCCCCCCCUCCAGUCACCUCUCGCCACCUCGCAGUGCCUGAACAGUGCCUAUCCUGCUGCUGCACAGGAUCCCUCGCCUUGGCCUUGUGCUAGUGGGAGGAGGGGGGGCCUACGUGGAAGUUCCCCUCAUCCAGUCACUGACUGUUGUAUUUUACACUCACCAACAGUGCCUUUCCCAAGGUGGGGACAGUGCUGGAAGCACAGCUCAACUCCAGAGCUCAGCCAUCAGAGCCCCAGAGCAGCACUGACCCUGCACACCCAUGUGUGGGUGUACACUGGCACCCCUGAGGGAUACCCAGCAGCUCCCAGACUCAGCCUUGGAGGCAGAAGCACUCUUGGCACCUCCUCCCAUGGCUUGCCUGUUGGGGUGCAAACUCUCCGUUAGACCCGUUGCACCAAACUGGGAACCUGCCUCAGCUUUUUCCUGGUGCUGCCUUGAAUUGCUCUACAGGCACAGCCUGGCCCAGAGCAGCAAAAGGGAGCACGGCAUUGCCCAGCCCCACAUGCCAUGAGCUUGGGGCUGUGAGCCUUUUUGUGAGCAGCUCUCUGGGCCCCCAGGGCUGCAGCAGUGCUGACCUGGCUGUACCUGUGUGCUUGGUUGCUCUAAAAAUAAAAAUUUGAG